GAGUCGCGUAAAAAUGACGCGUCUGAUAUCUUCAAAAAACAGUUCGUAGCUAGAUAUGGCGGCGCUGCUACAAGGACUUCGAGUUGGAAGAGCCCUUCGAUGUCUUGGCAGCGUGGUGGUUCCAAAAACAUCCAGUCCCCAGUGUAAUGGCCUAAGACGAGGCUUGCACUGUGCUGCACUUCGGCUUCAGGAGGACAAGGAUAAGUCCAUUCCAGUCCCUCCAUCCUCCACCGCAUCCCCGACUACAACUUUCCACGAACAUUAUCAAGCUCACCCAUCUGAACAUGACACAGCCACACCAGCGCAGGAAGCUGCUGCUGCUGAGGAGGCUCCCCAGCCCAACAUCAGUUAUGUAGACCAGAGUGGAGAACAAGGAGAAGACUAUGAAACAGAGGAGCAGCUGCAAGUGCGCAUCCUUAAUGCUGCGCUGGACUUUGUCCCACUACAUGGUUGGACUGUUGAAGCCAUUUCAGCAGGAGCUGAGACCCUGGGUCUCUCAGCAGCCUCCAGUGGAAUGUUCCAGAAUGGGGCAGGGGACCUGGUCCUGCACUUCAUAGCUCAGUCCAAUACCCAGCUAACAGAGCAACUGGCAGAGCAUCACAAUCAGGUCCAACUUGGUCAGGCAGAACCAAAGAAAACUGCUGACUUUCUUAGGGAUGCAGUGGAAACCAGAUUGAGGAUGUUGACCCCAUACAUAAAUAAUUGGCCACAGGCUUUGAGUAUUCUGUUUCUGCCACACAACAUACCAAACAGUCUGAAGCACCUCUCCACCCUGGUGGAUGAUAUCUGGUACUAUGCUGGAGACCGCUCCACAGAUUUGAACUGGUAUACAAAACGAGCUGCACUGACCGGGAUCUAUAACACCACAGAGCUGGUGAUGGUACAGGACUCCUCAGAAGACUUCCAGGACACCUGGAACUUCCUUGACAACCGCAUCCAGGAUAUUGCCAACAUGGCCGAUGCCACCAAACGGGUGACAUCCACAGGAGAAGCAGUGGUGCAGGGGCUUAUGGGAGCUGCUGUUACGCUGAAAAAUCUAACCGGAAUUAACCAGAGACGGUGAAACAAGAUGGCUAUUUCUGUUCCACCAUCCCCUCUAAUCUCGCCAGUCAGGAGUUUGUUUCAAUUGGUUUUCCCUCAUACCCACUCCUAUCCCUUUUGUAUAAAGGACACAAAAAUGUGAUUGUAUUUGAAACAUUUUUGUUCGGCUCCAUUGAGAGUUCCUAAAUAAAUUACAGAUUAAUUACAACAGAACAAUUUUCUAUUUGUUUUUCACCCAAAUUGAUUUAGGAUGAGGACAAAGCAUAAUCGGAAAGUGUCAACUAAGAAACAAAUCUAUAUUAGAUAUAUCCUGUGUGUAUUAACACCUAUCUCUAGGAGUUCCUACAAUGCGUUAACACUGCAUGGAUUUUAUCUUGGUGCGAUUUUUUUUAAAUUUAGAACAUAUUUUAGGACGUCACGGGGUGUGACCCGGAUGUUAAAAAAAGAACCCGCCCAUCACGACUGACCAAUCAGACUAUUGAUUUAUUUCGACCAAUAAGCGGUAAGCAAUUUGAGGCCUUCCCGGUGGCGUUGUUUAGACCGACAAGACGUGUAAACUUUAAUGUAAAUUGCUUUUCUUAUACGUUAACCAUGCCGUAUGCUAACCAGCCAAUAGUGAAGAUCACAGAACUGACGGAUGAGAAUGUUAAAUUUGUCAUUGAGAACACCGACCUGUCGUGAGUAACCAUUCAACAGAUUAUCAAAAAGUUGUUAGCGAGCUUGCGAUAGGGUAGCCAAUGUUAGCGCGCCUGCGAUAAACUUGAUAAUCACAGCUGUAAAUGUUUUGAUCGUUGUACGUGAAUAAAUAAGUUGCAAUGGAAACAGAUGUGUGACUAACUAGCUAACGUUAGUUGGCUUGCAAGGGUGGCGCACCGGGGCUUAAAACCAUUGUCUCUCCUGACUCUUAUCUGGGGUCGUGGUGCUCGACGACAUGGAGGGUUUGCUGCUAAAUCAUAUUCUUAUUACAGGAGACUGCUACUGUCUAAAGUUUCACAUUCAUUCUUUCACGUGUGUUAUCUUAUUUAUACAGGGUUGCGAAUUCCAUCCGACGUGUCUUUAUGUCAGAGGUUGCAACAAUAGCUAUUGAUUGGAUUCAAAUUGAUGCAAAUUCUUCUGUGAUCCACGACGAGUUUAUUGCUCACAGAGUGGGUCUUAUUCCCCUUACCAGUGAUGAUGUUGUGGACAAGAUGCAGUACUCCAGAGACUGUACAUGUGACGAUUUCUGCCCAGAAUGCUCUGUUGAACUGACACUGGACGUUCGCUGCACAGAGGACCAGACUCGCCAUGUGACCUCACGAGACCUGCUGUCCAACCACCCUCGAGUUAUUCCUGUGACCUCCAAGAGUCGAGACAAUGAUCCCAAUGACUAUGUUGAACAGGAUGACAUUUUGCUGGUGAAGCUUAGGAAGGGUCAGGAGCUGCGUCUCAGAGCUUAUGCCAAAAAGGGUUUUGGCAAGGAGCAUGCCAAGUGGAACCCUACAGCAGGGGUGUCCUUUGAGUAUGACCCAGACAAUGCACUGAGGCACACUGUUUAUCCACGGCCAGAGGAAUGGCCAAAGAGUGAAUACUCAGAGAUUGAGGAGGAUGAGGUGCAAGCACCCUUUGACCCCAAUGGAAAACCUGAGAGGUUCUAUUACAACGUGGAGACAUGUGGCUCACUGCGACCGGAGACUAUCGUCAUGUCUGCUCUGGCAGUGCUGAAAAAGAAACUGAGUGAUUUACAGACUCAGCUGAGCCACGAAAUCCAGAGUGAUGUCCUCACGAUCAACUGAGUCCUGCAGUUUUAGCCAGUUCUACACUGCUCAAAGAGAUCAGAAGCAGACCCAGUUCCAAAUGAUGGAUUUAUUUGAUGGUAGCAAAUUUGUGAUAUUGGCAGGAGAAAUGUUGAUCCAACCAUAUCAGCUCACCUACUG